AUGAUAAGAGGUGAUAUUAGAGAUUCCGUUAUAAAAUUUCCAGAUUGUGAACCAAUCAGUAUAUGGGUACUUAUGCGUCAUGGCAAAAGAAACCCUAGUAUCAAUUUUUUAAGGGAAAUGAAAGAGACACUUUUUAUUAAAGAUUAUAUAGUAUCAAGUUAUGAAAGAGGUAACAGUACACUGUGUGCUCAAGAUAUCGACAACUUUCGUGAUUGGGUUAUUGAAGAUGAAAUAUUCGAAAAAGUUAACCAAUUAUCUGAUGAAGGUUAUGAAGAAAUGACGAGGAUUCAAGCUAGCCUGGAAGCAUAUGUCAAAGGCCUUGGCAACAAACAUUUGUAUAUUGAACCUCCAAAAGAUGGCUUCGACAUUUUAGCUCCGUUUAAAUUUUGCAAUAAAUAUAUAAAUGGCGUAAUAUUAAAUAAUGCUACGUUUAUGGAAGUACGGAAGUAUCAACAGACUUCUGAAUAUCUCGAGACAAAAAACAGGAUUCAAAGACGACUUGGAAUCGAUUACUCUCUAACAGACGAGAACGUUAUGGCUAUAUGGAAUUUUUGUCGAAGUAAUUCUUCGGGUAUUUUGAAUAAAUUUAGCCCAUGGUGUGCAUUGUUAUCUGCUGAGGACUUAGAAGUUAUAGAGUACAUAGAAGAUUUAAAACAUUACUAUAGAAACGGCUAUGGAAUAUACGAAAUGAGUAAAGCGUUUGGUGCAAUCGCGCUUUCAGAUAUAUUAGUUAAAUUUCAAAACGCCAAAAGUAACGGAACGAAAAUCACGUCCUACGUCACCGAUUCUACAGUUAUGGACAUGAUGGUCACAGCACUUGGUCUUUUUAAGGACGCCGCUCCAAUAACUGGAAAAGAGAGGAAACGUGAUCGAAAAUGGAAAACGAGCACUAUUUCAACUUUUUCCAGUAAUAUUCUAGCAGUUUUAAACAGGUGUGGAAACACAACAGACGAAAAUUUUAAUGUUGUCUUUUACUAUAACGAAGAGCCUUUAAAAUCAAUUUGCAAUGAAGGAGUGUGCAGUUGGAAAGAAUUCGAAGAUAAGUUUACUCCCUUUUUGGACACAAAAAUAGAUUUUUGUUAA